UCGACUGCGGUCACACUCGGUUGUCUGUCACACUAAAUUGCUCUUUUCGACAAAAAAAAAAAACUUAAAUUACACUUGGUGGCCGGGACCGAGUUUUUCUUUAUUUUCUGUGAACUAAUUGUGUGCAGCAGUGAAACGUGAACGGUGCAGCAGUGCAGGCAAGCAGCGGAAGUGGCAGCAGUAGCGCACCUACGCGUCAGCAGAGGCAGAGCAGCGGCAGAGGCAGCGACAGCGACCCAGGCAGAGGCCAGACAACAAAAAAAAUAAAAAACAUACAACGCAACAAAGACGCGAACGCAGAAGAGCAUGAAGCGCUGAAGACUGAGCUGGGCUUAAAACGGAAUCAAAACCAGAAGCUGUAGAGCGAAACCCAGUCCGCCAAGGGAUCUGGAGGCAGCAGCAGCAGCAGCAGCAGCAGGUGCAGCUAGAAGGGCAGAGGCGCAGAGGCAGAGGAAGUAGCAGCAGCAGCAGCAGCAGCGCCAGAGGAGAAGCUGCCAGGUGCAGGAAAAAAAAGCCCAAGAACUGGACACUUUAAGCAGCAGCCCCAACAUGAGCACCGUGUUCAUCAACUCACGGAAGAGCCCCAAUGUGCUAAAAAAGCAGGGCACCGACCAGUGGGUCAAGCUGAACGUGGGUGGCACCUACUUCCUUACCACAAAGACGACGCUGUCCCGUGACCCAAAUUCGUUUCUAUCCCGCCUGAUUCAGGAGGACAGCGAUUUGAAUUCAGAUCGGGACGAGACUGGCGCCUAUCUGAUCGACCGGGAUCCUAAAUACUUUGCGCCCGUUCUCAACUAUCUGCGCCAUGGCAAACUCGUACUGGAUGGCGUCUCCGAGGAGGGAGUGCUCGAGGAGGCCGAAUUUUACAAUGUGACACAGCUGAUAGCCCUGCUAAAGGAGUGCAUCCAUCACAGGGAUCAGCGACCACACGCGGACAAGAAGCGUGUGUAUCGUGUGCUGCAGUGUCGCGAACAGGAACUGACCCAGAUGAUCUCAACGCUCUCGGAUGGCUGGCGUUUCGAGCAACUGAUCAGCAUGCAGUAUAGCAAUUAUGGGCCCUUUGAAAACAAUGAGUUCCUCUGCGUGGUCUCCAAGGAAUGCGGCACAACGGCCGGCCGUGAGCUAGAGCUUAACGAUCGAGCCAAGGUCCUGCAGCAAAAGGGAUCGCGAAUUCUUGGAAUUUAAGCAGAACCCCUGAGAUAAAAAAAACUGAGAACGAGAGCUAACCAUCAUCAAGAAAGUAACCAGAAACCACAAACCACAAAACCUAUAAACCCAACUCAAACCCAAAAAAAAAGAAAACAAAAACACCAAUUGGAAGAGCAGCCAAGGAAACUAGGAAACUAGCCACAGUCACAGCCUCAGCCUCAGCACAGCAGACAGCAGCAGCAGGAGCAGGAGCACCCAUUACCAACACCUUCACAUACUGGAUACACACCACACACGAGAUCAGUUCAGGCUCAAAGCAUCAUCGGUUAUCCUUGGGGGUAGACCAUCGACACGCUUCAAUUUGCAUUCGAGACUAAGUUAACAGCUAUUCACUGCGAUUCUCUCUCUUUCGUGUGCGUGUGUGGUAGAGUGUAGAUUGUGUGUGUGUGUGUGUG